AUAAUAAAAUACAUUAUUUCAAAAUUAUUUCAAUUUAGCUUGGCCAGUGAAAAAACCUUGGCGGGAGACCCCUGGUCUAUACAGUCUGAACUGUACCAUAGAAAAUAUAGAGGUACUACUGUUACUAGUUACUACAACUGUUGUAGGGUUUGUUGUGGGUAUCGGUUGUAGGGUUUGUUGUAUAAGCCAUCGCCAUGACAAUUAACAAAGUAAUAUGUCAUUAUGCCAUGAUGGUCAGAUGCCGGAUGUUUGUAUACUUGUAUAGUAUCAUUUCAUGUUUGUAGGCUGUUCUGCACCUGUUGCACGGAUAAUUUAGGUUUUUUUAAUUUUUAAAAACUGUUAUUCGUACGCCAUCUUAUGUUCUUAACGCUUUACUGGCUACACCUACUGUUAUAGCGUAAAUCGUGUUGACGAUCACACAUCGAUUGCCAAUAACGUUUUUCUCAUUGAACAUUAUUAUUUGUCUUGAGUUGUUAAUUUAUUGUUAUAGUAAACACAGGCGUUUUAUCGUUAAUUGUCAAUAACAGUUUUGAGUGACUAUUUCGAUUUUCGUUUACUGUACGCAUGUAAGCAGCACUCAACUAUACGUUUGGGGCAGACAGCAGGUUACGAUGCACGAGAGAACGUACGAAAUACCUAGCUUGUUGCAAACGGCGUACUACGCUUGCACCGAGAUCGAGCGUGACAGGUUCGACUUUCUGGAGGUACCUGACGUCGAUAUGCGACAUUGUUGCGAGUCGCUGUUUGAAAUAUUAAAAAUCGACAAAAACCGAAACGAGGGCAACGAAAGGCAGACCAUGUUCAACAGGUUGCGGUUGACCAUCGACGACAAGAGGUUUCAAAACAUAUACGAGGAGGCAGCGUCGCACGGUCACAUACAUUGCCUGAAACUCGCUCGCGAGAUCGGCAUCCCUUGGAACGAAAUUUCCAGAGAAAAAUAUGGAGCGUGUGAACUGGCUGCGAAAUCGGGAUAUCUGGAAUGUCUCAGAUACGCCCGCGAAAACGGGUGCCCUUGGGACAAAUGGACAUGUAUAAAUGCCGCGACAAAUGGUCACAUGGACUGCCUGGUAUACGCACGGGAAAACGGGUGCCCUUGGGACAAGAGAACAUGUGCCGGUGCCGCGUUGCACGGUCGCAAGGACUGCUUGCUUUACGCACGGGAAAAUAGGUGCCCUUGGGACGAGUGGACAUGCAUAAAUGCCGCAACGAAUGGUCACAUGGACUGCCUAGUAUACGCACGGGAAAACGGGUGCCCUUGGGACGAUUGGACAUGCGCCGGUGCCGCGUUGCACGGUCGCAAGGACUGCCUGGUUUACGCACGGGAAAACGGCUGCCCGUGGGACGUGAAAACUUGCAGUUAUGCCGCGAAGAACGGUCACAUGGACUGCUUGGUAUACGCACGGGAAAACGGGUGCCAUUGGGACAGGUUGACAUGCUGCAAUGCCGCAUUGAACGGUCACGUGGACUGCCUAGUUUACGCGCGGGAAAACGGGUGCCCGUGGGACGCGAAUACGUGCACCUUUGCCGCGAAGAACGGACACAAGGACUGCCUAAUUUACGCACGGGAAAACGGGUGCCCUUGGAACGAUUGGACAUGCUUAAAUGCUGCAACAAACGGUCACAUGGACUGCCUGGUAUACGCCAGGGAAAACGGCUGCCCGUGGAAUGAGAAAACUUGCAGCUAUGCCGCAUUGAACGGUCAUAUGGACUGUCUGGUAUACGCAUGGGAAAACGGGUGCCCUUGGGAUGAGUGGACAUGCAUAAAUGCCGCAACAAACGGUCACAUGGACUGCCUGGUAUACGCCCGGGAAAACGGCUGCCCUUGGAAUGAGAAAACUUGUAGCUAUGCCGCAUUGAACGGUCACAUUGACUGCCUGAUAUACGCACGGGAAAACGGCUGCCCGUGGAAUGCCGAUACGUACACUUUUGCAAUAAAGAACGGUCACAUGGACUGUGUGGUUUAUGCUCGUGAAAACGGGGUCAUAAUUUUGGUAUAGCCAACUAUCGAUUUUUCAAAUUUAUUUUUUCUAAAAUGUGUAUUUUAGGGAGCUUUAUAUAAGAAUGUAAAAAAAAAAGCCCGGACAAACUUCGUUUUGGUAUUAUAACUAUUCAAAAUUUGUGAUAUUACGUUUAUACGAAUGUGCGCAACACUACUUUAAUGAUGCGCGGAGGAACUUGUGUUUGGUGUUUUUUCGAUUUUUUUCAACGCUACCCAAUUAUGUUCUUUUUAACAACUUUUUUUAAUUCCGACUGUCUACACAAAGUGGUUUUACUGCACAGAAAAUCGGGGGUUAUUUUUUUGUCAAUUCUUAGUAUUUUUUUUAAAAAAUGUAGUUUUUGAAGUUUUUCAUCAACAGCUUCAGAACGAAGUUUAUCAGGGCUUUUUUUUUACAAUAUUAUAAAGCACCUUUAAAUGCACAUUUAGAAAAAAAAAUUUUAAAAAUUGAUAGGUUUCCCUUGAGACGAGCGGAAGUGCCCCUAUGUUGCGUUGAACGGUCACAUACUGCUUGUUCUACACAACUAUUUGGUUGCACUAAGAGCGAAUCAAUUCUUCAUAACUAGAAACUCUAGUAAUAUUUAAUCGUUUUUUUUUAUUCAUGUGACAUAUUGACUGUAUUUUUAUUAUGAUUGUAUGUUACAAGUUCUUUCCAUUCGCUACAUAUAAGAAUAUAGAAUAUUUUGUAUCUUGCUAAGGGCCAAUACACAAAUACUCCAACUUAUAUAGUAAAUUAUUAAUAAAUUGUUUGAUAAAUAUUAUAUAUUUUAAUCUUGUAUCAACUAUAAAUAAAAUGUAUUUACAUGGUAUAAAUUGUCAUAGAUGCAUAUAAUUCAACCGGAUCUUACUGUAACGAAUCUAUGAAAUACUAAAUGCAUGCGCCAGGACCCACUACAUAAAUGAAUACUUGAAUAUUUCAUUUUGAUUUGAAUUAAAACUCAACCGUUGAAUAAUAGUAACAUUCAAUAGUUAGUAGAUAAUUAUUUGAAAAUACAUAACUUAGGCGGCUAGGUAAUCAAGAAACAUAAGACAUAAGGAUAAAACAAAAUCUAAAUUUACAUAUUACUAUUAUAAAUUUUCACUCAAAUAGACAACUCUUUUUUCAACAAUACAUCAUAAUGUGUAUUCUG